AUGUGCAUGGUAAUUUUUGCUCCGAUUUUUGCCAUCUGUGCUUUUGCAACAUGUGGGGGCUACACUGGUCACCUGGAGGUUAGAGUGGACUGUGCAGACAGGAAACAGAGCAACCUCAGCAUCAAUGUUGAUUUUGGUUAUCCUUUUAGACUACAACAGGUCCAUUUCCAAGCCCCCCUGUGUGAGAAGAAUCGACAAGAGACCCUCUUCUUAUCAGGAGAUUCUUCCCCUUCCGCUCAGUUUUAUUUGACCGUCGGGGUACUUGCCUUCCUGUACUCCCUGUUGGCCACAAUCGUCUACAUCUUCUACCAGAACAAAUACCGAGAGAAUAACAGAGGCCCCCUGGUGGAUUUCAUCAUCACAGUGGUUUUCUCCUUGGCGUGGCUUGUCAGUACUUGCUCUUGGGCAAAGGUUCUGUCCGACAUCAAGACGGCCACAGACCCAACCCAGGUGCUCCUGCUCAUCAAUGCCUGCCGAGCCCAGACCAACAUAUGCGCGGUCACCCAUGAGCCCGUCUGGUCCCGUCUGAACACAUCAGUGGUGUUUGGCUUUGUCAACUUAACCCUAUGGGCUGGGAAUAUUUGGUUUGUCUACAAGGAGACCGGCUGGUAUAAGACAGGUCAGAGAUACACGACCAGGAGUGCUUCUGGGAAACGCGCCAACAGCAUGAGGCAGCGUCUGUACAGUGAGAGCAGCUUCGACCAGACGGCAGACAGUGAUGACCGCCGACAGCUUUACAGACAGCAGAGUAUUGCUCUGUCUGAGGGAAGUCUUGACCCGCAAAUCUACAGACAAGGUAGCCUCAAUCAACCAGUUCAAAGUUUAAGCUUGCCCCAGACUCGACUCGGCCCCCCGAUGGCGUACAGCCAGGGAAGCCCCACCAACUCCAAAGGCCCGGUGAUAAUUGUUGACAAGAUUUAGGUGUUAGAUUGGGAGAUGGUGGACUGCCAAACAGAUCGGUGCCAAAAUGAGAGGCCAUUUCCUGGGCAUUAUGGUGACAUAAUGACACCCAACUUGGUAGCCUAUACUAGUCUUAGUACUCAUGUACUCUUGGGAUGUUAGUCGUGUUAACAGAUUAAUUUCUCUGUUGACAUCCAACAUUAUCCAGGAUUUACAUCUUCACAUUUAAAGGUCCAUAAGU